AUGGUAGCUGCGUUGCGUUGCACUGCACCCUAGUGGUCUGGAUCUGGGCUACUGCUGUUGAGGUACUGAGCUUUGGAAGGGGUAGGAGAAUCCUGUCAGGAAAACAACCGGGUACAGCUCUCUAUUGCAACAUAAAUCAAUACCGAUCUAUUUGUACACAGUGCACGGACACAAGGUGCUGCUGCUUACCGGGAUAUGGCGGGCCCCUCACGGGAAGGUGACCUGCUAACUGUGAAGCACGAGCUCAGAACAGCAAAUUUGACUGGGCAUGCAGAAAAAGUUGGAAUUGAAAAUUUUGAACUGCUAAAAGUUCUUGGAACAGGAGCAUAUGGCAAAGUGUUUCUGGUAAGGAAAAUCAGUGGCCAUGACUCUGGGAAACUCUUUGCCAUGAAAGUAUUGAAGAAGGCAACAAUUAUUCAGAAAGCAAAGACAGCGGAGCACACAAGGACGGAACGACAAGUACUGGAACACAUAAGGCAAUCUCCGUUUCUAGUCACGCUACAUUAUGCUUUUCAGACAGACACAAAGCUCCAUCUCAUUUUGGAUUAUAUUAAUGGAGGGGAACUUUUUACACACUUGUCACAGCGGGAAAAAUUCACAGAAGAUGAGGUUCGAAUUUAUAUUGGAGAAAUAGUACUGGCACUUGAACACCUGCACAAGUUGGGGAUAAUUUAUCGUGAUAUAAAACUUGAAAACAUUCUCCUGGAUUCUGAUGGGCAUUUGGUUCUAACAGACUUUGGACUUAGCAAAGAGUUUCUUUCUGAUGAGAAUGAAAGAGCGUAUUCCUUUUGUGGGACCAUAGAAUAUAUGGCGCCAGAAAUAGUCAGAGGAGGUGAUUCGGGACAUGACAAGGCAGUCGACUGGUGGAGCUUAGGUGUUCUGAUGUACGAGUUAUUAACAGGGGCAUCACCUUUUACAGUUGAUGGAGAAAAGAAUUCCCAAGCUGAUAUAUCUAGACGAAUAUUAAAAAAUGAUCCACCAUAUCCUCAAGAAAUGAGUGAAGUAGUCAAAGAUCUGAUUCGACAUCUUUUAAUGAAAGAUCCCAAAAAGAGAUUGGGAUGUGGACCAGAUGGCUCUGAUGAAGUAAAAAAACAUUCCUUUUUUGAGAAACUUAAUUGGGAUGAUUUGGCUUCAAAAAAAGUACCUGCCCCAUUUAAACCCGUAAUUAAGGAUGAGCUUGAUGUUGGGAAUUUUGCUGAAGAGUUUACAGAUAUGGAUCCAACAUACUCCCCUGCUGCUUUGCCUUUGAAUGCUGACAGAAUAUUUCAGGGAUAUUCUUUCGUUGCUCCAUCUAUCUUAUUUAGGCCUAAUGCUGCAAUUGCAGAUCCUGCCCAGUAUCAUCUAGGAACUGAACGACCUGGCGUUACAAAUAUAGCAAGAAGUGUGAUGAUGAAGGACUCUCCAUUUUAUCAGCAUUAUGAACUGGAUCUGAAAGAGAAGCCACUGGGUGAAGGAAGUUUUUCCAUCUGUCGAAAAUGCUUACACAAAAAAACAAACCAAGAGUAUGCAGUAAAAAUUAUCAGCAAACGAAUGGAGAGCAAUACCCAGAAAGAAAUUGCUGCUUUGAAGCUUUGUGAAGGACAUCCAAAUAUAGUGAAAUUAUAUGACGUAUACCACGAUCAGCUGCACACAUUUUUAGUGAUGGAGUUGCUGAAAGGAGGAGAAUUGUUUGAACGCAUCAAGAAAAAGAAAUUGUUCAGUGAAACAGAAGCAAGCUAUAUUAUGCGCAAACUCGUGUCAGCAGUUAGCCAUAUGCAUGAUGUUGGAGUUGUCCAUAGAGACUUAAAGCCAGAGAAUUUUUUAUUCACAGAUGACAGCGACAAUUCAGAAAUAAAAAUUAUAGAUUUUGGGUUUGCUCGAUUAAAACCACCUGAUAAUCAGCCUCUUAAAACACCUUGUUUUACUUUGCAUUAUGCUGCUCCAGAACUGUUAAAUGACGAUGGCUAUGAUGAAUCAUGUGACUUGUGGAGCCUUGGGGUUGUUUUGUAUACUAUGCUAUCAGGACAAGUUCCUUUCCAAUGCCAUGGGAAGGCGUUGAUGUGCAUCAGUGCUGAAGAUAUAAUGAAAAAAAUCAAGCAAGGCGAUUUCUCUUUUGAAGGUGAAGCUUGGAGGAAUGUGUCUGAGGAAGCCAAAGAUUUGAUUCAAGGGCUCCUUACAGUGGAUCCUAAUAAAAGAAUAAAGAUGUCCACACUGAGGUACAACGAAUGGCUUCAAGAUGGCAGCCAGCUUUCCUCUAAUCCACUCAUGACCCCAGACGUCUUAGGCUCUGCUGGUGCCUCAGUACAUACCCAUGUGAAAGCUACAUUUCAUGCCUUCAACAAGUACAAGCGGGAAGGUUUCCUUCUUCAGAACGUUGAUAAAGCACCGUUGGCAAAGCGCAGAAAGAUGAAAAAAACAAGCACAAGUACAGAGACACGCAGCAGCUCCAGUGAGAGUUCACACUCUUCCUCCUCCCAUUCACAGGGUAAAACCUCGCCCUCAAAAGCUUUGCAGCCUACUAACCCCACUGAGAGCAAUAAUCCAGAGACUAUCUUCCAGUUUGCCGACUAGGAAAGCAGUCCCUUUUAUACUGAAGCUAUAAUAACAAUGUGAUCAGCAAGCUGGAACAGACAGCUUGUUCUGAGUUCAUAAAGAAGUUGUGAUUUUUAUACUAUCCUUUCCAAAUGUGAACUCUUCAAUGCUGCAAGGCUUGGCAGGAUAACGUUGAGACUGAAGCAUUUGUUGUCAGUUGGUUGACUCCUUCACUGCUCUUUACAUGCCUUUAGCAAAGAUAGACUUAUGUAUCUUGUUCAUUAAGGGCUUAUGUUGACAAAUCACAAUUCCUGCCUUAUUUAACUCCAAUACUCAAGGGGCCCUCUUGCAGUGGAGGGGUUAAUUGAGGCCUGUAGUAAAUUAUUGCCACAGUCAUGAUGGGGCUUCAGUUUAUAUGUGUGGGUUUGUUGUUUGUUUUUCUGGUCGUAUAAAAAUUUGUUACAAGGUUCUGAGAAAAGUCUACAGUAUUACUGUAGUUGGCCAUAUUGUGCCAUUGAUGUCAUUUCAACUUGACCCUUUAAAUUGCUCUCCGUGUCCUUCAUUUCAUAUGACCACAAAGCUGGUUAGUUUAUACAGUGCUUUUUAUUCUAAGGGGUUUUUGUGUUAUUCUUACAAAGCAUUUUUGAGAAAUGUUAUGUCAUAAGUGUACUUUUUUUUACUAAUUAUUUAAAGAAAAAAUAUUUUAAACAUACUUUAGGCAGCAUUCUGGAAAUAACUGAACUGCCAUGUACAUAUUUAAUGUAAAGCUAAUGAAAAUAUUUGAUAAAUAUGAAUUCAGUUCUAUUUAAUAAUGCAAACUAUGUGCAUUAAGUAUUUACACAUUGCACAUUUUUUUUAUAUCAUCACCAGGAAUGAUCAUAGGUAACACGCUCCCGAUAUGCAGUGGAGCACAUUUAGAUUAACUUUUUUUAUUCUAAAAUCAUGACCCAUUUCAUACCAAAAAAAUAGUAAUAUUUUAAAUGGCUGCAUAGUUUCAUGUAUGGUCAUUGGGGUACAGAUUCCCUUAGGUAGCAACAUACUUUUGCAUAAUGACCAAUUGUGCAACCGUAUUAAAGGGCAGCAAUGAAUCAUAUUAUAACAUUUUUUGAGUUUGUAAACUUCUGAAGUGGAUUCCACAUCUAGUUUCUAUUGUUAAAUUGUCCAAAGAUGUGAUAUCACUAACGACAAAGAAGUUGCUUUUUCUUCCUCUUUUAAUAUACUGUAAUCUAAGCCUGUUAAGGCCCCAUACAUAAUAAUAAUUUAGAAAAAAGGGAGAACGUUUCUCUAUUCGCACGAUUCAUGAUUAAUCCUGGUGAUUGUGGUAUUUUAACAGCAUUGCACUAUGAGUUUUAACGAAUGCUUUUAACCAUAUUGUUUCCCUUUUUUUUUAAAGGAAAGAGGCACUUUUAUACUAAGCUCAUCCUAUCUUUAAUACUUCUGUACAUCAUAAACUUGAAAUGUAAAUCAUGUACUGUAGUUCAAAAGAAAAAGGGAACAUUGGGCUUUGCAUUAUAAUUUUAUACUUUGACUGAAUGGUGACGAUUCCUACUCUCAUAUAUGUAUAGUUGCGUAAAGCAUUGUGUCAGUAAACCUGCGUUAAGAUGCCCACUCACGUUCUUGAUAUUACUUUCUGAACUGCAUUUGUAUAUUUUUGCUAACCAUAUUUUGUGUGUUGGGUGAUGGGAAUCCUAUUUUUAGUAAAACUGUGUAGAACAACUUAAAUGCAUAGUCUAUGCAAAGUGAUGAUGACUACAGAAAUAAUUUCUAUUUUUAAGAUCAAAGUCCUUUGACUAACUGUGAAACUCCACACUUUUAUAUCCAAAUAUCCAUAUUCUUUAUUGCAAUAUUUGUUGAGAUGCCUGCUGUCUGGGGAUCAAGGGCCUUUGAUUGGCUUUAAAGCGGAGUCUGAUGGCUUUAUGUCUUGAGAUAUGUUUAUGUGCAAUGUCAUUUUUGAAGAUUUGCACCUUGUUUAAUAUAAUAUGGAAGAUUGAAAAGGGAGGUUAAUGCUCUGUGGUUUGGCCAAUCUGCCAUAUGAUGCCCUAUUGUGCAUGAUUCUGUAUUUAAUAAUGUAUGGGUUUUAUGUGUAGAACUGCUUGCCACAUUUUCUCAAAAAUGACCACUGAUUUAUAUAGUGGUUUUAAGUUGUUCUGUGACUAAUUUACUUUUCACAGACAAAAUAAAGCUGGGUGAAUCUUUGGCGUGUAUUAUACGAAGUGAUUUAUAUUUUCCCUUUAAAUAUAAAUAUAUCAUUUUACAUUUUAAUGACUUUGAAACAAUACCAAGGUACCAACUAUACAAAUUUUUUUAGGACUCGGGAGUUUGGUUAUGUUUUUAUGUUUCACCAACUGAAAUCAUUCAGCGCUGCGGAAUCUGUUGGCGCUCUACAAAUACCUGAUAAUAAUACUAAUAAAAAGAGCCCGGGAACUACACUGUGGGCACAACUGCAAUCAUCUCAUUUUAAGUUUUGGAUUGUUUUGGUUAAAUCAAAAUUAUCAAGGGAAUAAAAGUGCAAAAUGAAAAUGC